ACGUGUGAACAACAAACGGUUGUUGGACUUUGACGAGCUAGCCUCUUGCCGCUCUGCGAAUGGUCGCGUCAGACAAAAACAGCUCCAACUUACUGUACUUUCCGCUGACUUGUUCGCCCGCUAAAUGCAUAUCUUCCUCUAAAAAUCGAAUAAGAGCUGGCAGUGAGAGCAGGUGUCUCUUCGGGACGGACGUUAGCCCAGCGGAAACAUGCCGAGGAGGACUCGGUGUGUGUCGGUGUAACGCCUGCUGCUUUUCCAGCCGCCUGCGCUGCUCGAUGGGUUGUGAUGUGAGUCGAACGUCAAGUGAGACAACCCAACGAUUACUUUUUGUACGCCCUAAAUAAUGGACUUCGGGGUGGUACGUGACGCGGCAGGUAUGCGAGCAGACGCGGCCCUGGGUGUCAAUGCGGGACAUCACGCUAGCUAACGCUAUUUACUUAAGCUCGCUUAUCAUCCCAAUGAAUUCCCUGCUAACUGUCGAGAGAAAAAGUUAUGUUAUGUUACUAGUUAUGGAGGCGCCCUGACUGAUCGAGUAGUGCUCUUUAAUACUGCUGUCAUUGUUCAAUCAUUCCCAUUUGGUGGUAGAAAGUUGCACAUGUCACGCAGGCAUUUAUGUUGGGUUAUUAAUGACCUCUGCACUAGCCCUCUAAUUCAAAAAGUAAUAAUCAAAGUGUCUAUUUAAGAAUUUUGCAGUCUGUUAAUUGGUCCAUCCAGGCUGUGUGGUAAGCGUGCAAGACAUUUGAGUUGAAACUGGACAUGAAAUCAUGAAUAUCGAAGAGCAGCGUCUCGAUCUGUGCAAUGUCAAAACCAAAACGAGUAUGGACGAUGGUCAUCAUAACACUACCUUUGGCAUCUCUGAGCUGAUUGCAGACCCUGAUGUUGAUGGGCACAGUGUGUUACCUGCAGACACUAUGCCUCACCUCACUGACAACCUUCAGUUGAUUGAAAGAGACAACCACCAGGUGAAGGACGCUCUGGAAAUUGAUGAGGUUAAUGGAAAUAAGCAUAGCAGCGGCCACGACGGGUCACCAAACCCAACUGAGUCAUUCUUUCCCGUUGAUGGAGACCACAAGGACUAUGGCGCUGUGGAUAAAACUAAUGAACCUAAGGACGCAGAACCCGUCGAGUUUAACUACCCGGCGGAAGAAGACGACUGCGGGGAGAUGGACAUGGGUGUGGACCUGAGCCUGGACGAGAGCGGGGUGCUGGAAGCCGAGCCGACAACUGUCAGUUCGCUGUCAGAUGGUGUAUCACAGCCGUCGAGUGAAGUCGUCCCAACAGGCGGCGAGGCAGAAAGCCAGUCGGACGCGCAGCAAACAGGCGAGCCGUCUGGAACGGACCACGCUGUGUUGUAUCCCACAGUGGAGGAAGGAGAUGAUAAACAUAAACUGAGCGGCAAGAGGGUAACCUUUCCUUCAGAUGACGACAUUGUUUCUGGAGCAGUGGAACCAAAGGACCCCUGGAGACAUGCUCAGAAUGUGACAGUGGACGACAUCCUGUCCUCAUAUAAACAGGCCUGUCAGAAGCUUAACUGUAAACCCAUUUCCAAAGUGCUCAAACAGAUUCAGGAUCUUCAAGACCUGACCCAGCGAAAUGAAUGCUUGGAUCUAAAAGGUGAAAAGCUGGACUACAAGACAUGCGAGUCCCUGGAAGAAAUUUUGAAGCGUGUACAGUUUAAAGUAAUAGACCUGGAGCAGACCAACUUAGAUGAAGAUGGUGCUUCGGCUCUGUUUGACAUGAUCGAAUACUAUGAGUCGGCCACACACCUCAACAUCUCUUUCAACAAGCACAUAGGCACCCGGGGAUGGCAGGCCGCCGCUCACAUGAUGAGGAAGACGAGCUCUCUGCAGUAUCUGGAUGCGAGAAACACACCACUGCUAGACCACUCGGCCCCCUUUGUUGCUCGAGCGCUCAGGAUCAGCGGCAGCCUGGCAGUCCUGCACCUGGAGAACGCCGGCCUGUCUGGCAGACCUCUUAUGUUGCUGGCAACGGCCCUUAAAAUGAACAUGAACCUACGGGAGUUAUAUCUCGCCGACAACAAGCUCAACGGCCUACAGGAUUCGGCCCAGCUUGGCAACCUGCUUAAGUUCAACUACAACAUCCAAAUUUUGGACCUGCGCAACAACCACAUUCUGGACUCAGGUUUGGCCUAUGUGUGUGAAGGACUAAAAGAGCAGAGGAAAGGUCUUGUCACGUUGGUGCUAUGGAACAACCAGCUCACACACAACGGCAUGGGCUACCUUGCUGCUGCACUGCCUUGCACCCAGAGUCUGGAGACACUGAACCUCGGUCAUAACUCAGUAGGCAACGAGGGCGUCCACAAACUGAAAGACGGCUUGAUCGCCAACCGCUCUGUGCUCAGACUGGGCCUCGCCUCCACUAAACUGUCAUGCGAAGGGGCGGUGGCGGUGGCCGAAUUUAUAGCCGAGAGCCCAAGGCUCCUGCGUCUAGACCUGCGGGAAAAUGAGAUCAAGACGGGCGGACUGAUGGCGCUGUCGCUCGCCCUGAAAGUCAACACUUCUCUGCUACGCCUCGACCUGGACCGGGAGCCCAAGAAAGAAACUGUGAAGAGCUUCAUUGAAACCCAGCGCGCUCUGCUGGCCGAAAUCCAGAAUGGCUGCAAGAGAAACUUCAUCCUAGCAAAGGAGAAGGAGGAAACGGAGCAGAUGAUGAGGCAGUCGGCAUCCAUGGCCGAAAUCGCCACCGAAGACGUUACGAGAGAAGAAGCAGGAGAGGAGAACAAAGACGGAGGACCGGGGGAUAAAGGCAGUGAUACAACAGGAAGCGAAGAGCAACCGAGCGGCGAGUCGGGGGCAAGUGUUUCCCCAAUGAACUUGGAUUCUGACUCUGACACUGACGAUGAAGAGGAAGUGAUGACGAAGACUGCGUCCAAGCCAAGCCCUCUCUUAAAUCAGGCCCCCUCACAAAAUGAAGUGGCUCCACCCACGUCGAGUCCCUCGCACACGCCGUCCUCCGUCGUUUCAGAAAUCACCAUCACAAACAACCAGGUUCCUCCAGGCACACCUCCCUCACCGGGCCGCUGCAUAUCUGUAUCAAGUCCAGGGAGGGGUCACAAGAUCUUUAUGGUGACUCGGGUGGAAAGCCCCCCUGAGCCGCAGAUAGGCGCUGGACCAGCCAAGGAGCCAUCAAAUAAGACUCACGAGGACGUCCAAAGCACUACCCUUAAGCAAACACUAGAACCCAGAUGCGACGAGGGCAUCAUCGCCAGCACUUUGGAGCCACCAUUGACAAGUCAACAAGCACCAGCCUGGCCUUUAAGUUCUGCAACUGCUCAGCCUCCAGGACCAGCACCCGAGCCCUCCUAUGAGGAGGAACUUGAAGUUCCUCCCUCUGAAACGAAACCGAACGACGCUGGUGAAGACGCCAAAGAUGAAAUCCAGAUGUUGGACCAUCUGGAAGAUGUGGACAACGUUGAACGUCAAAACGCUGACGGACAGGAUGCACAACACGCUCACUGUGACCAACUAACUUCUGUUACCGCUGAGCCACCACAAACGGAGGACACCGCUGACGAGAGCCAGCGGGAAGUCGCCGAUUCGCUUUUACCCAACGGCUUAAAGCCCGAAUUCUCCCUCCACCUCCUUGACUCCGACGGCCCCAAACCUGGCAGCUGUGUCAUGGAACACGUGAGUGUGAGCUGCACACAAGAUCUGGAGGAGCUUCUGCUGGAAGCCAGUUUGGAGACUGGCAGAGAGGCAUCAUGAAGGAAAUUUAACAGCUCCAGUGACGAUGAGGAGUACAGAAUCGACGCCGUAUGUCGCAUUUCUCCGACCUUAGUAAACCCACACGACUCUCUCGAAGGACAGAAGAGUCUAAAUUGCUCUACUGGUCCCAGCGAGUUGCAUCAAGAAUUGAAGGACAACAACAACAAAUGUUGACGUCACUACAUCAACCACUGAAGUGUGUGUGCGUGCUUGCGUAAGGGGAACAAAACGAAUAACCAUACUGUCUUCACUACACUAUUUUGCCAUUGUUUCCAUGCUGACGAGGAUGGACGGGAGAAAAAUAAACACUAACCAAAGAUGGACGUUCUGACGCUACUAUGCGUGAUGUGUGAAUAUGGUGGGCUUUAAUGUCGAGAGUUGGUUGUCUUUCUCCUUACCAGUUUGAGGGGACCUCCGCCAAAGUGACCGCUUCAUUUUCUUGCAGUCCGGUUGUCACUUUGGCCCCCUUAGGAAUCAAUACAAACCAAAACUGGCAGCCACAACCGAAUUUGCUUCCUCGCCAGGUCAUGAAAAUACAUAAAACAUCUCUUCUUCAACCUAUUCAGCACCACUCACAAAUCAUUUUUAUUUAUUUGACAAGCUUUCGGAUUUAUCCCCCCUCCCAUACAAAACUAUUUGACUUGUAUAUUUCAAUUAUAGCAAAUAUUUAGUUUUUCUAAUUUUUUUUUUUUUUUCUUGAGGGAGGGGGAUUUUGGAGUGGUUGAUUUGUUCAAUAGCAGUUGGGGUGUAUUCCUGUCCAGGCAAAUCAAAACUUCCCGGAAGUGGCAUGUCACGGGAUCUCAUGUCACUAGAGGGCGCCAGUCCAACAUGCUGCUCCUCACUUGACGCCACCCAAAGUGGGACCCUUCUACCGUUUUGCACCCCCCCCCACCCCCCCACCCACUCACACACAUACACACACUGUUUGUAAAUUCUUUCAUUUUUAGACAUUUUUAAUAAAUUGUUAACUUAAUUCAAACUGUGCUGGUAAUCACAAAAAUGUAUGGCGAAAUUUGUUCCAUUCAAAUAAACGCAUGUAAUGACUCAACAGAUUUAUAUU